AUGGAGAUCGAACACUUCGAUACAGAUUUAUUUAUCGACGAAAUCCAAAAGCGUCCAGCUAUAUGGGACAUGCAAAGUCCAGAUUAUAAAAAUAAAAUAUUAAAAAAACGUAAUUGGGAGGAAAUAGUUGAAAUUUUUAGUGACUGUGAAGACAAUUUGGAAAAGAAAAAACUGUUGGAUGGUACACUUAUGAAAAAAUGGAAAAGCAUUCGGGACAAUUACCUUAGAGAGUCUAAGAGGCAAAAAAGCUUCCAUCUGGAUCUGGAUCUUCCAAACAUACGCCAUAUGGAAUUAAAAAAAGUGCCCGAAAAUCGACGCUUAACUACAAAGAUUGAAUUACUCAAUGUCAUUAAAGAAGCACAGAAUUAUCAUCAAUCAUUACCACUAGAAACUAAUCAUCACCAAUACACAUAUUCUACACCGACAUAUUCUGGAUAUACUGCUGCUAGACCCUCAACAACACAACAGUGGUCUACCACGCCGCCACCACCGCCGUCAUCAUGGUCACCGUCACGUUCAGCCUCCAGCCAAGAUUCAGACAACUUAGAUUUAUUUGAAUAA